AGAUAUUGAGAGAUGCGUUCCGUGGGGCGGGGUUUCUGCUAAUUUGUGACGUUUCUAGUGACGAAGACGGAAGUAGAGCGGUUCCUGCUGAUGCAGAAAUGGAGGACACUGGUCAAGAUGGAGUUUUAUCUCCAGCCACUCCAGGACCAGCUAAAUCAAAGCUGGAUACUUUACCAAAAGAAGAACUCAUCAAAUUUGCAAAAAAACAGAUGGUGAUGAUUCAGAAACUCAAGACAAAAUGCACAGAUUUAGAGAAGGAAAUCGAAGGGCUCAAAUCAAAACCCACUACAGAAGGUGUAGAUGAUGUUGUGCAGGCCCUCACUGAUCGUUUAGAUUCUGUUCUUUUGGAAAAAGCAGAAACUCAGCAGCAGCUAGUUAAGCUUAAGAAAGAAUAUGCUAAAAUUAAAGUGGAAUCUGAGGAUGCUGCAAGGAAAGCUUCAGAAUUACAAAGUAAUUAUGAGCAAUCAAGUAGUUGUUUGUCAGAAAAGAUUGAAAAAAUGCAGGAUGAAAUAAAUCAAAACCAGACCAAACACAAGGAAGAGGUAGAAGCGCUAAAAAGGGAGCUAAAAGAGGCAUAUUACAAACUGGAACUCCAAGGCAACCAAGAAGGGGAGAUUAAAAAACUACAAGUAGAUGUAGAGCAAAUGCGUUCAUCUUACGAGGAGCAGAUUUCUAAUUUGCAAAGGGGCUUAGAUGCAGUUAUUGAAGAAAAGAACCAGGAAAUAGGCAAUCUGAACAAUUCUCAGUUAUUGGUUCAUGAGCAGCAUCAACAUGAAAUUCGAAACCUUAACGAAGAGCUUCAUAAAUUAAGGAAUGUUCACCAGGACAAAGUAUUAGACCUUAAAAGUCAGCUUGAAUCUUCAGCAAUAGAGUAUGUGAAACAAAAAGAAUCAAUGCAAGAGUUACUAAACCAGUACAGGGAAAAGGAGAAUAUGUUGUUGGAGGAAAUGGAAACAAAUAAUAAGAAACAUGCCCUUGAAGUAAAACACCUUAAAGAAAAGCUUGAGGAAAAGAGUAUGGUUCCUGAAGCCCAAGUAGUUGUACCUGAAGUUAUCGAUGAUAAAGUAUUAAUUUUGGAAAAUCUUUUGACAGACCUAGAGUCACAACAAAGUAUUGUACAAGAAGAACUUACAUAUACUAAUAAUGUGAAAGAAAAGUUAGAAAUUGAACUUAAGAACAUAAAGAGUGAAUACUUUCAUGAACGAGAAGAAUUAGAAUUUAAGAUAAAUGAACUGCAGCUUGCAAUUGAAGAUUACAAUGGAUUGAUUGAAAAAUUAAAAUGUGAGCUUCGGAUUGCAAAGGAAGAUUUUGAAAAGUCAGAAAAACAGAACAGUGUAGAUAUCCAGGCCAUGAAAGAGCAGCACAUAAAAGAAAUAACUGAUCUAAAACAAUCAAUAACAUCACAGUUUGAAAAUGAAAAAUAUUCAUUUGAUCAUGAAAUUCAGCUUCUUAAGGAACAAAAUGACAGGCUACAUAAGGAAAAAUCUGAAGCUGUGAGAAGUUAUGAGAACUUGAGGGAAACGCUUGUUAGCCUUCAAGAGGAAUUGGGGGAUUCUGCUGGAAAGAUCAGCAGGGAGUUUGAAGCAAUGAAGCAGCAACAAGCAAUAGAUGUCCACGAGCUACAGCAAAAACUGAGAGUAGCAUACAAAGAUAAAAAUGAUCUACUUGAAACUGUGAACCGGCUGAAGGCCGAAGUGGAUCUUUUAUCAGGCAAGCAAGCUGAAUGUGAAGAACUUCAGCUUCAAAUUACUACCCUGCAUCACAAGAAUGAAGAAGUGGUUGCCUCUCUGCACAGACAGGAUGAGAUGUUAAAAGACAUGGAGAUAAAAAUGGGACAAACAACCAUACAAAAUGAAGAGGUCUUUUCUACCAUAAAAUCAUCCACUGAACAAAUCUGUAAAUUGCAGGAGAUAUGCAACAAUGAAAAAUCUAGAGCUUUGAGUUUGCAAAAGGAAACUGAGGAACAGGCAAAUCUUAUUGCUGAAUUGACACAAAAAAUCGAUAAGUUGACAGAAAAACUCAGUGGAUCCGAAAACUUUUCAGCUGAACUUAAACUGCAACUGGAAAGCUUACUGUUGGAGCGUGAAUCAAAUGCAUCUUAUGAUGAAAUGUUAAAUCUUAAGGAGGAAAAAGAGAUGCUGAGUAAAGACUUUGAGAGACUUAUGGCUGAACACAGUAGUUGUCUUAUGUUACAAGAGAAUAUUAAAAAUAUGAAUGAUCUUCAGGAGAAACUGACAAAUGCUUAUAAUGAGAAAAAUGUUCUACUUGAAACUGUGAAUAACCUCCAAGAGGAAGCAAAAGUGUUAUUAUCCAGGCAAACUGAAUGUGAAGAAUUACAGCUUCAAAUUGAAAACUUACAAGAAAAGAAUGAAGAAGUAAUGACAUUGCUGCACCAAAAGUGUGAGUUGCUUAAAGAAAUGGAAGAAAAAUUGGGUCAAGCUAAGAUGCAAAAUUCAGACGUUUCCUGUGCUUAUCAAUCUUCAGGCGAAGAAAUAAAUAAAUUGCAGGAUAUGUGCAAGUCUGAACAAGACAAAAAUUCAUGUUUACAGAAAGAGUUUGAUGAUCAGGAACAGCUUAUUGCCAACCUUAAGCAAAAUAUUGAGGAAUUGACAGAAAAACUUCAGGACUCCAUAAAACGUAACGACUAUGCUGGUAAUGAAAGGGACAAUCUACAACAGCAAGUUGAAAGUUUACAAAUGUGCAAAAAAGACCUUGAAACAGAGUGUCAGAAGUGUCAGAAUGAAGUGCUGAAUGUCAGUAAAGAAAAGGAUGUUUUGAGAAGAGACUUUGAUAGGCUUUUGUCUGAACACAGUGAAUGUUUUUCUUUAAGACAAGAACUAGAAGAAUUAAGAAUGAAGUUCCAGUUGGUUGCAGAAGACAAAGAACAGGUGACAAAAUUUCUUGAAAGUGAACAGCACCAAAUUGAAGCAGUAAAAUGCCAGCUUAUUGUUCUUAGAGAAACGUUGUCGAUUGAUGAUGCUGAGCAAGAUAUUAUUCAUAUGCUGCAAUCCAUUAAUGAGGCAAUGUCUCAGAUAAAUGAAGAGAAACAGAAUAUGAUUUUACAGAGGGAUGAGAAAUCUGUUGAACUUGAGAGACUUCAGGAAAAAUCUGAAUCUCAAAGUGCAGAGUUAAGAGCAAUAUUAAAUGACUACUCUACAGAGAAGGUGCUUCUGAAGGAACAGUUAGAUGAAACAAUAAGAGACAAAGAGACUUUGCUAAAUGAUUUAGUAGAGAUGAAAAAUGCACUGGAGAAAUUAAAGCUUCAAAACCAGGACCUCGUUACAGAUCUUGAAAAGUUAACAGCAGACCUGGAAACUGUAAAAAAAGAAAAAGCGGAAAUGCUUGUGCAGCUCAACCAGGAAGGUCAAAUGGAUUUGCAAUCUUUAAUUGAAAGCAAGGAGUCUAAUAUGAAUGCACUCACACUGGAAUUAACCUCUGUAAAGGAUUCACUUUCAAAAUCAAAGGCACUGGAAUUUGAGCAACAAGCUCAUAUAUCAGAACUUGAAACUAAAAUAGCAAAUCUGGAAAAACAUUCUAAACAGACAGAAGAAAAAUGUAAUAAAAUUAAAGCAGUUGCAGUUAAAGCCAAGAAGGAACUAGACAGCUGUAAAAAAGAGAAUCAGUCAAUAAAAGCAGAGCUGGAGAAGAAUAGAUCAGAAAGAGACCAGUUUACAUCUUCCAUGAAGGAUCUUGUUCAAAGUGCUGAAGGAUACCAGAACCUCUUACGAGAAUAUGAUAGACAAGUGGAGCUGCUGGAAGUGGAGAAGGAGAGAUCUAAAAAUGUAGAGCAUCAGUUGGCAGAGCUUGCAAAACAGAUCCAAGCGUCUACUCUUGAGAAAGAAAAGCUAAGCCUUGCAAAUGAAGAUUUGGUAGCCCAUAUGGAGACAAUGCAGACCAACAAUAAAUUGUAUGAGUCACAGAUACUAGAACUGCAGAAAGCCAAGUUUGCAGUGGAUAAAGAGCUUGAAGCUGAAAAGUUGGUAAAGGAGCAAAAAAUCAAGGACCACUCUUUGUCUCUAAGCCAAGUACAGGAUCUUCAGAAUCAACUUCAAAAGGAAAAGAAACAGCUUCAAAAGACUGCACAAGAGCUUGAACUUGUCAGGAGGGAUGCACAGAAGAGCACACUGAUGGAUAUGGAAAUAGCUGAUUACGAGCGCUUGGUGAAAGACCUCAACCAAAAAAUUUCCAUUAAGAGCAGUCAGCUGGAAGAUCUAGAACAAGAGCUACAGAUUCAAAAGCAGAAACAGGAAAUGCUACAAGAAGAAAUAUCGUCAUUGCAGGCAACUGUGGAGCAACAUGAGGAGAGAAGCACAAAAAUGAAGCAACUGUUGGUGAGAACCAAAAAAGAACUUGCUGAUGCAAAGCAUGCUGAAUCUGAUCAGUUGAUUCUUCAGGCCUCUUUGAAAGGCGAGUUAGAAGCAAGUCUGCAGCAAGUGGAGGCAUUUAAGAUUCAGGUGGCUGAACUGACAUCAGAUAAACACAAAGUACAAGAGCAGUUGAGGGCACUAGCAGAACAGCAACAACGUGCAGCCGGCACAUACCAGCAAAAGCUUUCUACUCUGCAAGAAGAGUGUGCUGCCGCUAAGGCUGAGCAAGUGUCCGUGACCUCUGAAUUUGAAAGUUACAAAGUACGUGUCCAUAAUGUUUUAAAGCAACAGAAGAAUAAAUCUACAUCCCAAGCAGAACAUGAAGUUUACAAGCAGGAAAAGGAACAUCUGCAAAGCAUGGUGGACCAAUUGAAAGCUAAACUUCAAGAGACCCAACACAACCUGCAGAUUAAUGCAAUAGAGCUUCAGUCAUUGCAAUCUGAACAUGACACACUCUUGGAGAGGCACAAUAAAUUACUUCAGGAAACAGUCACUAAAGAGGCAGAGCUUCGCGAAAAGCUUUGCUCUGUGCAGUCGGAGUACACUGUUCUUAAGACGGACCAUUCACAAGUUGUUAGCCAGCUGAGUGCUCAAAAUGAAGCUCUGCAAAAUAGUUUCAGUGACCAAGUGAGACGUUUACAAGAUGAUCAAAGGAAGACAGUGGAAACACUGCAGCAGCAGCUUUCCAAGGUGGAAGCUCAACUCUUCCAAAUGAAAAGUGAAAGCAAUGUGGCAAGUUCUCAUCAACCUUUGAAGGGUUUGCGGGAAAGGAGGCCAGUCGAUCUUCCUCUCUUAGACAUGUACUCUGUGGCCAGAGAAGAAGGAGAAGGAAUGGAAACUACUGAUACAGAAUCAGUCUCUUCAGCCAGCACACACAUUGCAUCAUUUGAGCAACUUCUCAGUUCUGCUGAAGCAAAAAAUGACCCUCCUCAAUGGCAUCCAGAGCUUUCCAAAGAAGAACUGACCCAGAAACUAAACACCACUUCAAAAAGCGUUGAUCAUAUGAGUGGACUUCUUCGUGAGACAGAGGCAACCAAUGCCAUGCUGAUGGAACAAAUCACACUCCUCAAGAAUGAAGUUAGACGCCUGGAAAGGAAUCAAGAACGAGAGAAGUCUGUGGCAAAUCUGGAAUAUUUGAAGAAUGUCCUACUACAGUUUAUAUUCCUUAAGGCAGGCAGUGAAAGGCAGCGCCUUCUUCCUGUCAUAGAUACCAUGUUGCAGUUAAGCCCAGACGAGAAAGGAAAACUUCAUGCCAUUGCUCAUGGUGAAGAAGAUGCAGGUUCUCGCCCUGCUGGGUGGUCGUCCUAUCUACACAGCUGGUCUGGACUGCGGUAGUACCAGGAUCAGCACACACACACGCAACAUACAUUCCUGAGUUGCACUAAUCACAGGAGCAGAUAACAUGUCUUGUAAUUUAGUUUGUAUAAUGAAGUAGUUAUUUAAUUACUUUUAUCUUAUUAUGUAUAUUGUAUUGAAUCCAAAGCUUGGGGUAUCACAAAUUUCUCUCCAAUCUGUGCAUAUUUCAUAGUGCCUUGCAAUGAUUGUCAGAAAACAAAGUUUCUUCCUGUCAGAUGCUUCCCAUCCAUCACUGUUUGAUCUUUUUCAAUUUCAUUUUAGCCUGGCUUUCUCCUUUUUGACAUGAGCUCAGUCAGUUGGGCUUUUGUAUAAAAGGUACAUAAACACUGUGUGAACUUCCAGAAAUAAAUAUAAAUGCAUACUUGA